CCGCGGGGAGCGCCCUGGCUGCCGGUGCUGCUGUGCACCGCCGCCGUCUUCCUGGGCGGAGAGGUGCUGCCCUACUCGGUGUGCUCGCGGCACGGGCUGGCCAUCGCCUCCCGCACGCUCUGCCUCACCCGGCUGCUGAUGCUGGCCGCCUUCCCCCUGUGCUACCCGCUCAGCCGCUUGCUGGACUGGGCGCUGCGGCAGGAGCUCAGCGUUUCCUCUACGCGGGAGCGGCUGCUGGAGACGCUGCGCGCCGCUGGCCCCCACGGCGACCUGGUGCGGGAGGAGCUGGCCAUGGUGCAGGGCGCGCUGGAGCUGCGCACCAAGGUGGUGGAAGAUGUGCUGACCCCCCUGGCCGACUGCUUCAUGCUCCGGGCCGAUGCUGUGCUGGACUUCGCUACCGUCUCUGAGAUCCUCCGAUCUGGCUACACCCGCAUCCCAGUCUAUGAGGGUGACCGGCGCGACAACAUUGUCGACCUGCUCUUUGUCAAAGACCUGGCCUUUGUGGACCCUGACGACUGCACUCCCCUGCAGACUGUCACCCGCUUCUACCGCCGCCCGCUCCACUGCGUCUUCAAUGACACGCGCCUCGACACGCUGCUUGAGGAGUUCAAGAAGGGAAAGUCCCACCUGGCCAUCGUGCAGCGGGUGAACAAUGAAGGGGAAGGAGACCCGUUCUACGAGGUGAUGGGCAUUGUCACCCUGGAAGAUGUCAUUGAGGAGAUCAUCAAGUCCGAGAUCCUGGAUGAGACGGAUCUGUACACUGACAAUCGGAAGAAGGAGCGGGUUCCCCACCGGGGACGCAAGCCCCAGGAUUUCUCCAUCUUCAGGCUCUCAGAGAGUGAGAUGAAGGUGAAGAUCUCCCCACAGCUCCUCCUGGCUACCCAUCGGUUCAUGGCAACAGAAGUGGAGCCUUUCAAGUCCCCUUACCUCUCUGAGAAGAUCCUGCUGCGGCUCUUGAAGCACCCCAAUGUCAUCCAGGAGCUCAAGUAUGACCGAAAGAACAAGAAGGCAGCGGAGCAUUACCUCUACCAGCGCAACCGCCCUGUCGACUACUUUGUUCUCAUCCUGCAGGGGAAGGUGCAGGUGGAGGUCGGCAAGGAAGGACUGCGGUUUGAGAAUGGGGCGUUCACCUACUAUGGUGUCCCUGCCAUCAUGGCUGUUGUCUCCUCAGAAAACGAUGUGCGAAAAAUGGGAAGCCUGGCAGGAUCCUCCUUCCUACUGAACAGGUCCCCGUCCCGCUGCAGUGGCCUCAACCGCUCCGAGUCCCCCAACCGGGAGGACUAUGGAGGCAGCAGCACGCAGCUCCACAGCAGCAGCAACAACAUCUACACGCCCGACUACUCCGUGCACAUCCUCUGCGACGUGCAGUUCGUCAAGGUGACCCGGCAGCAGUACCACAACGCGCUGGUGGCCAGCCGGAUGGACAGCUCGCCCCAGUCCCCCGACAUGGAGGCCUUCGACAGGGAUUCGACCAAGGCCUCGACCGCGCGGGGAACCCCGCAGACGCCCAAGGAGGACCCUGCCACCCUCCUGAAUGAGAGGAACAGCAUCGUGUGCAGCCGCUCCGAGGGGCUGCGCAGCCCCAGCGAGUCAGUGUUCCUGCGCAUGGAGGGCAUCCCCUUCAUCCAGGAGGAGCUGGCUGACAACGAGGAGAACAGCAAGCGGCAGAACAGUGAGUGCUGCGGGACCGUCCUGGAAGUGGAGUCCCCGGGCAGAGAGGCCGGGACCAGCUCAUCACCAAGCAGCUCUGAGGAGGUGCUGGGCAAGAGGCUGCUGAGAUCCCUCAGUGGGCGCAAGCAGCGGACAUCGUCGGAAGGUGAGAAGUCGCCAGAGGAAAGCUCCAAUCUCGCCCCAUUAAUCACCUGAGCAGCAGCGUGGCCAGAGCACAGUGCUGGAGGCCCAUGCAGACUGGAGGUCUGCAGCAUGGGGGUCUCCUGCCGUGAGGCUCAUGUCCAGCAGCAGGAGGUCUGCACUCGCUCGCUGCCUGCCCGCCCGCUCGUGCCGCCCCUCCCUGCAGGACUUGUGCAGAGCCCCAUCCCCAGGCGAGAAAGGAUGAACCCCCGGCAGGCUGAGCCAGCCAGGCAGCCUGCACCAGCCAGCCGGAGCCCGAGGGCCCCUGCCCAGCUGCUCCCUGGUAGCAUCUGGUCUCAAGGAAGAGGUGGAAAAAGGAAAGGUGAAAAAGUGUUUGUCACGGCAUCCCUGCAAGCAGUGCAGGGAGGGGCAGCCCGACCCAGAACUGCCCUUUAACUUCAUUUACCAUCCCCGUCCCAGCGAGGCCCGGAGCCCCGCCGUGCUGGGUGCUGCAAGAUGUGGUCCCCACCAUGAGGAGAAUGUGCAAUUCGGGGGGUGCCACGUGCAGCUCAGGGCCCCAGCACACGUUUAUUUGUGUGACACGCCCGCUUGCAGCGCCUCGCCCACGCUGACCACCACAGCCCAGCACUCCCGGAGCCCUGCCAGGCACAGGGCAAGGAGCCCCACUCCCCCCGAGUGCAGCCCCCUCCAUGCUGCAUUGGACCAUCCUCCUCUCCACACACGCCUGCUGCUGUGAGAGAGGCUCGCACCAAGACCUCGGGGUGGGACAGACCAGGCAGUAGUUUUUGUAGAGGCUCAACGCA